AAAGUGCCUGCAGGAGGCGAUGAGCGGCCUUGCGCACUACACAGGCCCAUCAAGGAGCCGGACAGUCCCGCAGGUGAAAUUAGAAGGCGAUAAUCGGACUGCUGCUUUAUGACGUGUAACAGUCUAGAGCUUUUGUGAUGCGGCUAGUAAGUAAUAUUUCCGCACGUUUUUUUUUGCAUCAAUGAUUAAGUGCUUUAUGCUGAUUGUCAAUCCUAUUACGAUAUGAAACCAGAAGAAACGGACAUUCACGGAUUGACUAAUACAUUUGCUAGAUCGUUGAAAUGCUGGGUUAAUGGCGAUGUUCUGUUGUGUAAAGAGGCCCGAUCCAUUGUCGGUUAUGGUGCGCGUAUGAGCACGGAUCUCACACAACGGCCUCGAGGUAUUUAGGCUGUGUGAUAUAUAAAUCCGCGCUUUUCUGCCUUUUGAAUUAUUCACUUCACCAUGGAUGGUUUUCAAUUCAUUAUCGAGUCCCCCCAAGAGACCCAAGGUCACAAGAAACGCCCACGUCUUGUGACUUCUUGUGAUAACUGCCGCCUCAAAAAAAUCAAGUGCCUACAGUCAUCCCCCGAGACACAAUGCGAGGCCUGCAAGGCAGCCAAAAUUCCAUGCAAGUUUCGCGAUCGCGAACGAUAUUUUGCUGAGCGUAGUCGAGCCAUUGCGGGCCCCAGUUCCGUGCCACCGUACCAUGGAUCGUCAAGUAGAGCAACAACCACUGUCGCAGAGUCUUCAGAGCGUUCCAAUCCGAGCAGCACCAGCGAAUACGCCACUCCGGCAUCGACCGCGUACACGCCACCGUCACAAGGAUAUACCAAUUCUAUAUCUCGCUCCCCGUCCUACUCGCCACCGGGAACAGCAUCUGCAGAUCAUGGUCGCUAUCAAACCUAUCCAGAUCAUUCAAGGCCUCCUACAAGUCAUAGACAUACAGCUGUAGCUGAUGAUCACAGUCGUCGAUACGGAACUCCCGGUCCAGGUCAGCCAUUGGGUCGUCCCCAUCCCACCUCGAGCGGUUACCGACCAACUCAGGUCUUCGACCCGAUGCAUCCUCAGAUGCCACAACGCAGCUGGAUGCCACAUUUCAUCCAGAUAUUCAUCAGUCAACUCGGCAGCCAAUGCGCGUUCAUGACUUACGACGACCUAUAUGAAAAAUUUCGACAUCAGACUCUAUCCCCUUUACUCUCCAACUGUAUCGCAGCACUGGGCGCAAGGUUCUCUGACAUACCGGAUGUUGUCGCGCGUGGCCCACAAAACGUUGCAGAUAUUUUCUGUGAGAACGCCAAGGAGAUGUUGUCCGCGGCACUCAACCAACCGUCCCUCGACGUUCUUCACGCUGUCAUCACCCUGGCAUGGACGGAAUACAAAACUGGUCGGCUUCUUGGAUUCCGACAAUACGGUGAUCUUGCCAUGAGAACCGCAAUGGCUAUAGGAUUAUCUGAAGAAUCCACCAGGCAGAUGAGCCCUUACGACAGUUACCAAAAUCGUCUUCGUCUGACAUGGCAAAGUGUCUCCCAAUUAUACGCCGCAUCGGCUUUGUCGGGGUAAUUUUGAUGGUCAACCAAUCUUUCCACCCGCUGCAAUAGCAAAUACCAAAAUCUUGCUUUGUCAUUACCACUCCAACCCCUAUGCCCCUUCCCCUGGUUGAUACUUAGGGGAGACGCUUUGGUUUCUCAUUCCACUCGGAGACCGCUGGCAGGCUUCCUUCAUGGACAAUAUGUUUCGUGCCGCCUCUAUUUAUUAACUCGACGUAUAGAUUAACUCACACAAUAAUGCCACCAGGCUGCACGUUACAGUGAUUAGAUAUGUACAAUCAUAUGCAUGUAUACACAGAACUUCCAGAGCAAACUUGAAGUGACCUCCAAGAACUUCAGCUCCACGCGCAUGCGCCAUUGUCAGUUAACCUGUGCAUACUGCGGCAU